AGUCAAACGUUGAUCCACGACCUCUGCAAGGUCGAAUACUAUUUUCACAUCGUCGCCGAUGUCUGCAAUUUCUCAGAUCGCCUAUUUGGAAUAUGCGGAGUGAAGUGGUUUGGAGUCGGUGAGAUCAGGUCAAUGAGUGCAAUUGUCGGGACUUGUAUUUGGUUUGAUCUGAAUUUCUUUUUCAUUCAAUUUCAUUACCUUGUUUGGUUGCUGUGAAAGUGAAGGAUACCAGAAUAAGCCAAAUUUCCAAAUUUAGUGAUCCCAGAUUUAUAUUGGGUUAUGUUGUUGGUCUUAAUUUUCAUAAGGGUUUUUUUUUUUUUUUUUUUUUUUUUUUUUUUUUUUUUUUUUUUUUUUUCAGUUUCUCACUUGCCAAAAAGAAAAAUGAAUGAUUGGUUCCCCACCACUGAUUAUCAAUUCUUGUGGGCUCUCAUUUAUCAUGACCACAGCUAAAUGCUCAAUGAUGGAUGUGAGUAGGAUGUCAAUUUUGUGUGCUUAUAUCAAUAGCACCACAUGGUUCUCGAACAGUCAACUACACACAUUGUCAAUACUUGUGGGCUCUAAUAGCACACAUGGUUGAUUCAAUCAAUUUUGAAUUGUUGAGCAUCUCAAAUUCUCAAACCUUUCAAUUUCCUCAAGACCUCAUUCUACAGCUCCACAAACAAACCAUUAAGCAUCUCUUCCAAAGAAAUGGCAGACGCACUUGUUACUGAAAUCCUGAAGAAGUUGGGUUCGAUGCUUCUCCAAGAGAUGGGACUUGUGUGGGGCAUGAAGGAUGAACUUGAAAAAAUCCGAAACACGGUUUCCACAAUCAGAGCAGUACUUCUUGAUGCAGAGGAGCAACAAGCCACAAACCAUGAGGUUGAAGACUGGCUCGAAAAACUCAAUGAUGCAUUUCAUGAUGCUGAUGACUUGCUCGAUGACUUUUCCACCCAAGUUCUCCACCACCAGGUUAUAACUCAGAACACAAGGCUGAUGAAGGUACGCAAUUUUUUCUCAAGCUCAAACAAGCUUCCUUUCAGUAGUAAGUUGGCUCAUGAGAUUAAGGCCAUUAGGGAGAGACUAGAUGCAAUUGCCGAAGAUAGGAAAAAGUUUCACCUCACUGAACUGCCUAUAAAUCAUAUGCGAGUUGAGAAUACUAAGAGGGAGGAGACUCACUCUCUUGUUCAUGCAGAAAAUUUUAUUGGGAGGGAUGUUGAUAAAAUGGAAAUUGUACAACUUUUAUUGGAAAGCAACAUUCAAGAUCAGAAUGUAUCAGUUGUUGCAUUACUUGGAAUUGGGGGACUAGGAAAGACCACACUUGCACAAUUAGUAUACAAUGACGAGAGGGUCAUUAAACAUUUUGAUCUUAAGAUGUGGGUGUGCGUGUCCGACAUCUUUGAUGUGAAGCUCAUUGCAGAAAAGAUCAUAGGGUCUGCAACAGGCGAAACGCCUGAAAAUCUUUUGAUGGAUAAAUUGCAAGAAUUGCUUAGUAAAGAAAUUAAUGGAAAGAAAUAUUUACUUGUGUUGGAUGAUGUGUGGAAUGAGAACCGUGACAAAUGGUUAAAACUGGUAGAUUUGCUGAUGGGUGGUGCUAGAGGAAGUAAGAUUUUAAUAACUACUCGUUCUGAGUUGGUUGCAAAUGUUACAGGGACAAAUUCGCCAUAUUUUAUAAAAGGCUUGUCUAAGGAGGACUCUUGGUCUUUAUUUGAGAAAAUGGCAUUCAAACAAGGGAAAGAGUCAGAGAAUACAUUUCAAGUAACAAUCGGCAAGGAAAUUGUUCAGAAGUGUAAAGGAGUCCCACUUGCCAUAAGGGCUAUAGGAAGCCUACUAUACACUAAAGAUACAGAUGAUGAGUGGUUGCUUUUUAAAAAGAAUGAUUUGUCAAAAAUAGCUGAAGAAGAGGAUGUUAUUUUUCCAAUACUAAAGUUCAGUUAUGAUUACCUUCCUUCGGAUUUGAAGAGAUGCUUUGCGUUCUGCUCCUUAUAUUUGAAAGAUCAAACAAUUAAUAAGCAAAAAUUAAUCCAAUUGUGGAUGGCAGAGGGAUUCAUUCGGCCUGUGUAUGAAAAUCAGCAAUUGGAGGAUGUUGGUGAUUCGUAUUUUAUGGAUUUACUUAGGAGGUCCCUUUUUCAAGAUGUCCAAAGAGAUGAAUGGGGUGAUGUAAUAAGUUGCAAAAUGCAUGAUCUUGUCCAUGACCUUGCGCAAUUGGUUGCGAAGGCCAAAUUCUUCACGGCGAAUUUGAAUGUAGAAAAUGUUAAUGAAAGAACUCGUCACGUGUCACUUGAUUCCGGUGUAAAUUCAUCCCGCUUGGUUAGAGCUAACAAGUUACGAACAUUUUUUUUGAAUGCUAAAAAUAUCAAAAUUUUCAGCAAUGUAGCUUCUGGAAGGAUUCUUUCAACUUUUAAAAGGUUACGUGUAUUGGAUCUGCAUUCUGUGGGGAUUGAGAUUGUGCCGAGUUACAUAAGCAAGCUGAAACAUUUAAGAUAUCUUGAUCUCAGUGAAAAUCAUAUCAAGACACUGCCAAAUUUUAUAACCAAGUUGCAAAAUUUGCAGACCUUAAAACUCAAUCAGUGUUCCUGUCUUGAAGAAUUGCCAAGUAAUUUUACAAAAUUGGUGAGUCUUAGACAUCUUGAGCUAGACAAAAAUGAUGCCUUGAUUCGCAUGCCUAAUGGAUUCAGUCAGUUGACGUGUCUUUUGACGUUAACAUUGUUUGUAGCAGACUCAAAUAGCCAACUCAAUGAAUUGCAAUGCCUAAACAAUUUACGGGGAAAGUUAAAGGUUGUACUUGGACGCUGUGACUCAUCUGGCAGCAUGUGUCUAAAAAAAGCAUCAGCAAAUGGCCUAAUCUGGAGAUUAGAUUUUCGGAGAGAGAAAGAAGAUGAUGGGGAGGAGUUAUUGUUGGAAGCACUACGUCCGCACCCGAAUCUAAAGGAGCUGGAAAUAAUUUAUUAUUGGGGAGUGAGUUUUCCAAGUUGGAUGAUGGUGAUCAAAAUUGGCUUAUCCCUCCCACAUCUAGUCAGAAUUUAUAUGUCCAAGUGUAAAGGAUGGAAACAUCUUCCACCAUUUGGGCAACUUCCUUCUCUCCAAUUUCUUAGUGUUUGUGAGAUGGAAUCCCUAAACUACAUAGACAAUAGUACUGGCCACGGUCACGAAGAGAACCAACACCAACAUCAAAAUUCUUUACCCUCCUCAUUGAGUGGAGCGGCAGCAAGAAGAAGGGAAUCAACACCAACAUCAAAAUUCUUCCCAUCACUGAAAGAACUCGAACUCUCUAACUUGCCUAAAUUGAAGGGGUGGUGGAGGAGUACUGAAGCAGAAGAAGAAGCAACAACAACAACAACUUCGUCACCAGCCCAACGGAAACAUCAUCAGCUCCCAUCGUUUCCUUCUCUUUCAAAAUUAACCAUUGAUGAAUGUCCUAAUCUGGCAUCGGUGCCUCUGCUGCAACCAUAUCUUGAAACUCUAGUUCUCUAUGUGGUCAAUAAGAAUCUAGUACAACAACAGUUAAUGAUGAUGGUAUCCCCAACAACAGUCGCAACGUCGUCCUCUUCAUCUUCUUUGCUUCUUCCUCUUUUCAAAUUAAAGUCACUGUCUUUAAUAGUAAUUGAGGAUCUAGUAACUCUGCCUGAGGAGUCAUUUCGAAGCCUCACUUCUCUCCAGAAGCUUGUGAUUUCUUAUUGUCCAAAACUAACCUCUCUGUCAGGAACACUGCGACAUCUCACCGCACUCAAUUCCUUGUCUAUUCAAUACUGCCAAGAGCUUGAUCUGUUAGAUGAUGACGACGGCAUGCAAUUUCAAGGCCUCAAGAGCCUGACGGAUCUCUAUUUCAGACGUGUUCCAAAGUUGAUAUCUCUUCCUGCGGGGCUUCAACAUGUUACCACUCUGCAACAACUAGAUAUUGAAUGCUGUGACAAUUUUAUGGCUUUGCCGGAGUGGAUAGACAACCUCACAUCACUUGAACGACUUUCCAUUUACUACAACCCCAAAUUGACAUCACUACCCAAAGGAUUGCAUGGGCUCACUGCAUUACAACAACUCAAAAUUACAUCUUGCGCUCAAGUUUUGUAUGAUAGAUGCCUGAAAGAAACAGGGGAAGAUUGGCCAAAGAUUGCUCACAUCCCAUACGUUCAUAUUUCACCAGGGUUCUAACGUACAGGGUACACAACUUAGAUUGGCUCUAAGACAAUGAUGGUUAUUAGACAAUUAUGAGUCGUUGCUAUAAGAAAACAAGAUUGCACAUUUCAUUCCACAAAUUGCAACUACAACAACUUAGAAAGGUCCGAGUGCUUUAUUCUUUUUUACUUAUCAGGAAAUGUCGAGUGUUCGGUUUUGCAUGUGUUAUGGGGCACAUUUGCUUUACAGUCUUCUUAUUUUUCCUUUACGUAUGUGUUUAAUCUUAAAGGUUCUUGGAGCUGGGGGGAAGGGGAAAGUUUAAGGCCAAAAAACAAAAGACAAACAGAGGCAGCGCUGAGGUGCGAGGGGAAUGUGAACCUAUGUCUAUGAACUAACAAAUGCUGGUUUAUCAAGAAUACGCAAGAAAGCAGUUUGAAUUGCCACUAAUGUUUACUACUUAGUUUCUUCCACUCCAAAAGUUACUAUAGUUAGCUUCCAAAAUAUAUUUCUGUGGCUAUUUACUACUGGAAACUUAUUGUCUCUAUUGGUACUUGCGAUUAAGGUUGCAAUUCCUGAAUCAAUCACUAUACAUUUUGUCAUCCAUUUUUCUGACUGCAUCUGUCGCAGGAAGGAAGCAUUGGGCUUCUCUAUGGAGCAGUGAUAUUUGAUCCCGAGAGGCAAUAUAAACGUAUGUUUAGCGGCGGCUGAGACAAGAUAUUUCCAGGGCAAUUGCAAACAACUCUAGGAUGAUUACUAUUUGGUCAGGGACGUAAUAUGUUCUUUCCGCCCAUCGUGCAAAGGCUAGAGAAGUGCAUCCAAACCCCAAGUAUGGUGAGUUGAGAACGGGAAUGCUGUUUUGUGCCUCAGAAUCUUCAUGGAGAAUGCUGGAUGACUUAUGAAUAAUCAAACUAUCUCUCUCUUUCCCAGCGUGGAUGCCCAAGCUAAUUAAGUUGAAGCUUUUUCAAGCGGAAGGUAUCAACGUAUAAAAAAUGUGCUUGACCCCAUACUUCAUCCCACUUGUAUUUUCAGUUUUGCUAAACUAACGUUACAUAAAUAUUUCAGCUUUUGACUUAUCUUAAACCCCUCUUUCAGUUUAGAGUUUCUCUUCGGAAUUAAAAUAAAAUCAUUAACAAAUUGCAUAUUGGUAUGCUGGAUGCAUUUUUGUUAGUUCCUCGAUAGAUAAAACAAAAGAUUUGGGCUUAAUGCUGAUGACCGAUUUCCAUAAAUAUUUGGGGAAGCAAGCUGAAAAGGAUGCAGCAUCUUGGAGCCUUUUAUUUACCGAUUUCGAAAGGAAUCACUUUUUCUGGGAUGAUUCAGAUUCUUUGGCCAUGUGGCGUACUUAUACUGGAUAAUCAUUUUCACUGCUCUAUAUCAAUAAUUACACCUCGACUGUCUGCUGACCUGGAUCACCUCGCAGCAGGAGCCUCCUCUCACCUUGACCGUGGGCCACUAAUCCCCGGUCUGUCUAAGGAUGAAGGCAUUGAGUAGCUUAACGCAAGUCUAUUGCUGAUGGACUUCUUAAUCAGACCAAUAAUGUGCUGAUGGGAGGAACCAGUCAAAGUCUUUCUUAUUUCUUGUCGCACGGUCUCUGUCCCCAUCGAAUAAUCCACACGAGCAAAUCAUAUCAAGAAAGCUCCACUACCUCUAAGGCCCCUCUCACUAGGAAAAUACCCUCCUUCUAAAACCCACAUCAUAUCUCUAGGGAUUCUAUCAUAUGCUUUUGUAAAAACCGUAGGAAAAAUCUCUCUCUCUAUAUCUUUCCACUGGUCUCCUUUGUAAGUAGCUUCCAUCGUAGAAUUCCCCGAUAUAAAUUCAAAGUGAUUGUUCAACAUUAUAGUUUCACGUCUUACUUGUUUAAUCUGUUUCAAAUUUUCAUUGUAUGACUCAUAAUUUAAUCCUACCAUAGUUUUUUUACAACUUCAAAAAUAUCCCCGUUACUUUCAUAUAUAGGUAUUGAAAUACUUCCAGGAUACUCAUUUGGCAUUUUCUUAGUGAACAAUUUUGUCAACCAAGACUUGUUAUCAUCACCUGAACACUUCCAAACCUCGAUAAAGAUGCCAUCUUGUCCUAAAGUGCUUCAUAAUUUCGCCUUGUUUUAUUUUGCACACCCAAUCCUUCUGCAAUCUUCCUAAAAAAUUACCAUAUUUUCUAACCUAAGCCUUCUAUAUUGUUGAUUUUAGGAUUUACAGAGAAGUAGAAACAUUGUGUAUCAUAUCUGAAAAUAUUGUUAUGAGAGUUUCACAGCCGGCCCUCUCUCACUUAUUUUAUAUAACAAUUUAUUACAAGGAAAAUGACCAACAUGCCCUUCUAAGAAAUAAUAAAUACGCCUAUAUACAUUCUUACACUCAGCUGGUGAGUAUAUAUCAUAUAAUCCCAACUUGGAACAAAUAAACUUCAAGCUUUAGUAAACAUAUCAGCAAGUUGAUCUUCGGAUUUAACAAAUGGUGUAGAGAUGUCUCCACUCAAUAUCUUAUCUCAGAUAAAGUGACAGUCAACUUCAAUAUGUUUGGUUCUUUCAUGAAACACUGGAUUGGGUGCAAUGUGGACAGCUGAUUGGUUAUCACAAAACAACGGAAGAGGGGUCUUGACUAUCAAGCCAAGUUCUUUAAGAAAAUGUUGUAGCCAUGUUAACUCACUAGAGGUGUGGGCCAUCGCCCUAUACUCAGCUUCAGCACUGGAACGAGCUACCACUGUCUGCUUCUUACUCCUCCAUGUUACCAAAUUACUACUUAAGAAGGUGCAAUAUCCUGUAGUGGAUUUUCUAUCUAUGGGAGAACCAGCCUAAUCAACAUCUUAAAACCUUCCACCUUAAGGUGUCCAUUUGGUUUAUAUAACAACCCGAGACCUGGGGCUUGCUUAAGAUAUCGGAUAAUCCGAAGAACAACAUUCCAAUGUGGUACUCUAGGAGCACCCAUGAAUUGACUCACUACACUAACUACAUACGAGAUAUCAAGUCGAGUAAUGAUAAGAGAAAUUAGUUUUCCAACCAGGCGACGGUAUCUACCAGGGUCAUCAAAUAAAUCUCCCUCAUCAGCCAAGAGUUUAGUAUUUGAAUCCAUAGGCACAUCAACUGAACGACCACAUAGCAAAUAUGUUUCCUCCAAUAAGUCCAGCACAUACUUCCUUUGAGAUAUACCUUUCUUAGAUCGAGCAACUUCAAUACCUAAAAAAUGUGUGCGUUUACCCAAGUCUUUAGUCUGAAAUCGAUGUUGUAGAAACAAUUUCAACUUAGCAAUGCCCACAAAGUCAUCUCAGGUGAUAAUGAUGUCAUCCACAAAUACUGCAAGAAAAAUGUAACAUGUUUUGGUAUGUUGAUGAAAUACUGAAUGAUCUGUUUCACAUCUACGAAGACCAAAUUCUUAUGUUGCCUCAGAAAAUUUUCCGAGAAUUACAUCGUACGCUGAUGUUUUACACAAUACAUGCCAGAAAGAAACAGGGGAAGAUUGGACAAAGAUUGCUCACAUCCCAAAUGUUUCUGUUAAAAGGGGAAUGACAUACAAGGUACACACUACUAGAUGGAUGACUCAUUGCUAUAAAUAAACAAGAUUGCACAUUUCAUUCUACGUGUUGCAACUACAACUUAGUAAUAAGCCUCUCUUGUACUUCUUUUUUCCUACGUCUCUCUCUCUCUCUCUCUCUCUGUGUUCUGAUCUUAUCAGGAAAUGUCUAGUGUUCAGUUUCCACGUGUGUCAUGGAGCACAUUUGUUUUACAUUCUUCUUUUUCCUGUUCGUAUGUGUUUACUCUUGAAGUACUAUUUACAUCAAUCACGAUGGAAAACCAAAUGCAGUUCUUUAAUUUCUACCGGAACUCACCAUAUCAACAUGUAAAGGUACACUCACUCUUUACUGAUUUUAGGGAGUGAGUAAUUGCCACUAAUGUUUACUACUCAGUUCUUCCACUUUUUUCUUUUUUUUCCUAUAGGUUUAAAUGCAGUUGACUUGUUAGAAAUGUAUGUAUAGCUUCAUAUGACAUGUAAGUUAUAAUAGAGUAUCUGUAUAAUUUUGAGAGAUCUGUGUAUUAAUUUGGAUGAAAUGAGUUGCUGUUUACUGUAGAUUUAGAUAUUUGGAUUUACUGUAGAUUGCAUUAUUAUUGUGUUGCUAUGGAGCUUGAAUGCUUAGCUGAAAUGAUUUCACAUGUAGGUUCUUGGAGCUGGGGGAAGGGGAAAGUCUAAGGCCAAAAGACAAAAAGACAAAUAGAGGCAGUGCUGAGGAAAGAAGCAUUGGGCUUCUCUAUGGAGCAGUGAUAUUCAAUCCCGAGAGGCAAUAUAAGCUGUGAAUGCAUGUUUAGUGGCGGAUGAGACAAGCUAUUUCCAGGGAAAAAGCAAACAACUCUAGGAUGCUUACUGUUUGUUUGGUCUGGGAGGUAAUAUGUUCUUUCAGCCCAUCAUGCAAAGGCUAGAGAAGUGCAUCCAAACCUAAGUAUGGUGAGUUGAGAACGGGAAUGCUGUUUUGUGCCUCUUAAUCUUCAUGGCAGAAGGAAUUCUCACCAUGAGCAAAAGAAUUCAAUUGAAUGGAUGAGGCGUCUUUUCGGUGGCAAGUGUGGGAAUGCAGUUUCGAGUCUGCUUGGUGCAAAAUAAUUCCAAAGAUUCACUAGUGUGAUUCACAUCCGUGGCUUGUGAGCCCGUCAGACUUGAGAACUUGUGUGCACUGUAUCGAUUGCAUUAUUGUUGUUUUGCUAUGGAUCUUGAAUGCAUAGCUGAAAUGAUUUCAGAAUCCCAUUCCGGAGCACGUAGUUUCUUGGGGCUGGGGAGAAGGGGAACAUCAAGGCCAGAAAAGCAAAGGACAAAUAAGUGCUGUGCAAGCUGGGGUGGAGGGGAAUGUGAAGCUUCGUGUAUAUAAAUGCACGCUGGUUGAUGAAGAAUACCCAAGAAGAGCACUUCAAAUCGUUGAUUAAGUUGAGAGAAGUGGUUCUUCAAACCUGCAGCUACUUCUUGAGUUGAAAAGUUGCAUAUGAGAAUUUUCUGUAACUUGGAUUUGAGCAAAAACAAAAAACAAAAAAUAAAAAAGUUAUGUUUGGAUA